GGUAGUAUAACCCAUCCCGCACGGUGAUAAGGUCAGUCAAACAGCACUGAAAUGAAAUGAAAACCACAACAGUUAUGGCUGCCCCAUUUGUGUUACGUUUGUGUCUGACCGUUUGUUUAGUUCUGACCGUGAGUACCCGGAUAAUCAAGCAGAAGCAAUACCCAGGAUGUCCCGACGGUUGUGAAUGUGAGUCUUCUACCACUGUGGUUUGUGACAGCCAGGGCGUGGAUUUAACUUAUAUUCCCAGUGUCCCUAUACCGACGACAAAACUCCUGUUUCGGACCAAUACUUUAGGGGAUGUUUAUAGAGAUACGUUCCAGAAUAUAUCCGCUGGUGCUGGAAUCAAGAUUCAAGUGUUAGAUUUAUCCGACAAUGAUAUCACAUCAAUCAGCCCCAUGGCUUUCUCACGGCUCACAUAUUUAAAAAAAUUGGACCUAAGCAAGAAUUUUCUACAUUAUUCAGACGGAUUACAAAAAGCCCUGGUGAGCUUGAAACACAUAAAUAUACAGCACCUGUUAUUAAAAGAGAUGGGCCUGCAGGAUGAGUCAAUUCCAUCUAAUAUUUUCGAGCCUUUUACGACCCAAAAUGCACUGCAAACAAUCGACUUGAGUCAGAAUAAAUUAGGAGUAUUUGACGUCCGGAUGUUGAUAAAUCUGACAGCUUUACAAGAACUGUCGUUAAACCAAAAUCGUUUGUUCGUUUUCAUGGGCCCUUCCGAAGAAAUCAUCUUCCCAGUUUUGAAGAAACUGGAUCUACGCUCAAACAGUUUUACCGAAAUUCCUUUGAUUUGUCCGACCAGAAAUGCCAUUUUUCCUAAUCUGACAACGUUCCUUUUGGAAGAUAAUUUCAUCACCAAUUUCUACGCGAAAGAUCUAAGGUGCCUUUGCAACGUCCACGAACUAUCUCUUGGUCAGAAUCCAUCGGUUUUCGUUCCCGAAAAUUUGAUAAAAGAAAUGUCCUCUUUACGGAUUCUACGGAUGAACUACAUGCUGAGGGUUCCAAUAAAGAUCUCACCCACGGCGUUCACGAGCCAAUCUCUUGAAGAACUUUCCCUGGCUGGCAAUGAACUUAAUACAGAUAUAUUAAGCCAGAAAACUUUUACUUCGUUGGAUAAUUUGAUUCGCUUGGACUUGGCGGGAAAUGAAUUUAACAGCCUGUCGUUCUUUGAAUCUUCAGAAAUAAGCAAGUUUUUCCCACCAAAUCUGCAAGACCUGUCUCUCAGGAACUGUCGUUUGGAUUCGUUACCAAAAAUUAUUCAUAAAAAAUUAACACAAUUGGACGUUAGUGAAAACAAGAUCGCAAAGUUGGAAAAGGGUGUUUUUUCGGAUCUUCCAAAUUUAACUAUAUUAAACCUGAAUUCUAAUCGGCUGACGAAAGUGAACGAAUCGGCUUUCCCUCCAGAACUGAGAGAUCGUCUGACUGCUGUCGGAACAGACAACAAUCCCCUCAUUUGCUCGUGUGCCAUUUCUUGGCUUCGAGACUGGAUGAAAAAAGAAGCGGAAAAAUUUUUUGAAAUAGGUUACGUAAAUGGAUGCAUAAAAUUGGACACAUCUGAACCGAUAAGUAUUAUAGAUUACAAACAGGAUUGUACAGAGCGUCAUCGAAAUGUGAUUUUAAUAGCAUCUGUUGUGACUGCUUCUUUCAUUACUGGUGUAGCGAGUUUCCUUGUCAUUUACUAUAGAAAAAGCAUCAAGUUUUUCUGUUACAUGAGUUCAAGGCGGAGAGACGGAGCUCAAUUGGUAACGGACAGUGAUACUAGUUCCGUUAUUUAAUCAUAGACUGGGAUGGAAUAACAAUUCUUCGAAUAUUGUUGGAUGCGUUCUGGACGAACGAUGUUAAUUUAAUACAAAAUUUACUCAAAUUUAAAGAAGCGUUCGCACUCUCAUUAAAAUAACUCUAGUCUCCUGAGAAUACAAAAUGAAUUUGCACUUUUUUGCAACAGAGAAUUCUGACAUAUCAAAUUGUAAGACAACCCGAUGUCUAUCAGCUAUUCACAGCAGUUUAUCGAAAAUGAAAAAUGUGGAAAAUGUGUAUAAAGUGGAAAUCAAAGACUGUUUGAUGUGGUACCGUUCCAAAAGUCUACGAAACAUACAAGGUCUUUGAUUUUUUGAUAUAUGGAACUCGCAAUGUGUCUAGCAUCUUUAACAACAAAAUAAAUAUAAUGACCUAACAAUUUGACCGAAUGCUGUUGAUUCAAAAAAACCAAACAAACAAAGAACAAAACAGUGACGCUAACGGCUUUAAACGAAUGCUGUUUAUUCAAAAACCCCGAUGACGAUCAACGGCUUUAACCGAAUCAAAAACCCCAAUGAUAAUCAACGGCUCUAACCGAAUCAAAAACCCCAAAUGACGAUCAACGACUUUAACCGAAUCAAAACCUCCAAAUGACGAUCAACGCUUUAAUCGAAUCAAAACCUCCAAUGCGAUCAACGGCUUUAACCGAAUCAAAACCUCCAAAUGACGAUCAACGGCUUUAACCGAAUACAGUGGCUGAUAUCUUUCACCUACAUCAUAUCCAACAUAUCCAAGUAGCUAAUUAGAUUGCGUAUGUGGAUGAAUUAAUUAUUGUUGUAAAUAAUGUAUGGAUGUGUUCUUUAACAGGAGAAUAACUACAAAUAGUAAGGUGUAUUUAUUUUUUAGUUGUGGAUAAAUAAUGUGUAAUUAAAUGUUUAUAUUUUA